AUGUCGAGUAAACUGACUGUAUGUGGAGUGUGCGAAUACCGCAACAUCACCAAACCCUCUGUAGUCUGGUGUUCUGAAUGCGACGAAGGACUCUGUGACGAGUGUAAAGAGCAUCAUGCAGCUUCAAAGGGGUCCAGAGAACAUAGUAUUGUCCCAAUAUCCGAGUACCAGCAGCUUCCUUCCAAUGUAUUGGAAAUAACUCAAUCUUGUCAAAAACACAAUGAAAAGUACGUUAUAUUUUGUAAAAAACACGAUUGUCCAUGUUGUAGACGAUGUGUUGUUGAAACUCAUGACGAUUGCAAAGAGUUAAACGCUAUUGAUGACGUCAUUCGAAAUGUUAAAUCGUCAAGCGCAUUCUUGGAAAUGGAACACAUGCUUGCGGAACUUUCAGAAAAUUUACAGAGAAUAAAAAUAGAUCGACAAAACAACAUUAAAAGUCUGCAGGAGAACUAG